AUGACUGCCAAUUCAGACCUCAAGCGCGUCAUUUACUUAGAAGACGACGCCAUAUAUGACAAGUCGCAAUUUCUCGUGCCACAUCACUAUCUGGACAGUAUCGAGUCGGUGCUUAUUCCAAAGGGUCUCAUUGAGGACCGUGUAGAGAAACUGGCCCAGGACAUUCGUUAUGUUUAUGAAGGCAAGACGGUGCAUUUGCUUUGCGUGCUCAAGGGUGGCAGUGCUUUCUUUAAUGCACUUGUGGACAAGCUGCGACUAUUCCACAAGUACAACAAGUGCGACUACGUGCCUUUUACUUUUGAUUUUAUCAAGGUCAAGAGCUAUGCAGGCACCAAGAGCACAGGUAACGUGGAGAUUUCAGGUGCUGAUUUGUCCAAGUUUAAGGAAAAGAACUUGCUGCUAGUGGAGGACAUUAUCGAUACAGGCAAAACAAUGGCGAAACUUAUACCGCUGCUUAACGAGUAUGAACCCGAGUCGGUACGUGUGGCCAGUUUGCUAGAAAAGCGCAACCCCGAAAGCUGCGGUUUCCAGGCUGACUUUGUAGGCUUUAACAUCCCCGACAAGUUUGUAAUCGGUUACUGUCUCGAUUACAAUGAAAUCUUUCGUGAUCUGGACCAUAUCUGCGUCAUUAAUGAUGCAGGCAUUGUCAAGUAUGCGUCUAGCUCAUAG